GCUGCCGCACCUGGCCAGUACACGUGUGCUCUGUAGUUCCUUCUUUGGCUGUCUUCACGCCAACUACGAUAUGCGAGUCAGCUAAACUGCUUGGAAGAUGACGAGCAAUAUGGAUAGAUUUUGCGGAUCUACGUUUUGGAACGACAGUUUUCAGGAGAGCCCGGACCUGACGCCAUGUUUCCAGCAGACGGUACUGGUGUGGGUGCCCUGCUUCUUCCUGUUGGCAGUGGCCCCCCUGUACGUUCUCUAUCUGCGCAGGGGCAACAGAGGCUACAUUCAGAUGUCACGCAUCAACAAAGCUAAAACAGCCUUCGCUGUUUUGUUGGUUCUGGUGACGUCACUGGACUUGUUUAAGGCCCUCACAGACUUUUGCUAUGGCGAAGUGGUUCCAUCUGUGUUUUUUGUGUCGCCUCUUGUCUUGACCAUUACAAUGGGCGUAGCAGUCUUCCUCAUCCAGUAUGAGCGGUUAAAGGGAACACAGUCGUCAGGAGUGCUGUUCAUAUUCUGGCUGUUGGUUACUCUUUGCUGCAUCGCCACGUUCUACUCCAAGAUCUCUGUCUUGUGGAAGGAUGGUGUGGACGACAUAUUCCGGUUUGUCACCUUCUACGUGUACUUCACUAUGGUUCUCAUCCAACUCAUUCUGUCCACCGUGAGCGAGCAGCCUCCGCUGUUCUCCAAGAUCAACAGUGAUCCUAACCGAAGUCCUAAGGAAACCAGCUCCUUCCUGUCCCGAAUGACGUUCCUGUGGUUUACUCCACUUGUAAUCCUGGGUUACAAACGCGCCCUGGUGAUGACAGAUCUGCACACCCUGUCUGACUCCAACAAGGCUGAAAACAUCGCGCCUGGGUUUGAGAAGGAGUUACUGAAGGAGAUCGUCAAGUAUAAGAGGAACAAUAAGAAAGAAGUGAGAUUCAAGAACAAGAAAGUGACCGAGGCCAAGGACAAGUCUGAGCUGGAGAACCUAACAAAAGUAGAGACUGUGAAGGGCGGAGCAAAGCAUGAAUAUCCUUCCGUUUACAGAGCAAUGGUUCGCUACUUCCUGCCAACGUUCGCCACCAGCGCUGUCUUCAAGCUCUGUAACGACAUCCUGAUGUUUGUUAGCCCACAGAUUCUGGGGUGGCUGAUCGAAUUCACUAAAGACAAAUCGAUCCACUCCUGGAAAGGCUAUUCCAUAGCGGUUUUGCUACUGGUGACGACCACGCUACAGUCACUUUUUAAUCACCAGUUCUUCUACCGUGUCAACGUCUGGGGCAUGCGCGUCAAGACUGCCAUCACCGCUGCUAUAUACAAAAAGGCUCUCUUACUUACUAAUGAGGCCAGAACGUCCCUGACUGCUGGAAACAUGGUGAACCUGAUGACAUCCGACGUCACGAAGAUCCAGAUGCUGUGUCAGUCGCUUCACUCGGUGUGGGCAGCGCCACUGCAGAUCAUCGUGGCCAUGUACUUCCUGUGGCAGACCCUCGGACCGUCUACUCUGGCCGGCCUCGGCGUCAUGAUCAUACUCAUCCCUAUCAACGGCGUGAUCGCAGGCGGAACAAGAAAACAAGUGACAAAGCUAAUGAAGAAGAAGGACUCACGCCUGAAGUUGCUGAAUGAGGUACUCAAUGGAAUCAAAGUGCUGAAGCUGUACGCCUGGGAGCUGUCAUUCAGGCAGAAGAUCGAAGCUCUCCGGCGCAAAGAACUGCAGUACAACCGGAAGAAAGGAUACUUCGCGAGUCUGUUCUUCCUCACGUGGAGCUGUGCACCAGUUCUGGUCGCUAUAAUGACAUUUACGGUGUACGUCAUGGCAGACGAGAGGAACGUCUUGGAUGCAGAGAAGGCAUUCGUGGCUCUGUCCCUCUUCAACAUCGUGCGCGCUCCGCUCAACAUGCUGCCAUCUCUUGUCAUGAGCAUCGUUCAGGUGAGGGUUUCUCUCCGUCGUCUGGGAGAAUUUUUCGGGGGAGACGAGCUGGACCCAGAAAACGUGCACAAGGAGACAAUACCCGGACGAACUAUCGGUGUGGACGAUGGGACCUUUAGCUGGGGAAAGGAGGAGGACCCGAUUCUUAAAAAUAUCAACCUCACCAUCCCUGGGGGUGCAUUGGUGGCAGUGAUUGGUCAGGUCGGAUCGGGCAAGUCAUCCCUGCUGUCUGCACUGUUGGGGGAGAUGGAGAAACAAGGGGGACGAGUUGCUGUUCUGGGAAGUACAGCUUACGUUCCACAGCAGGCGUGGAUCCAGAACGCUACCUUGCGGGACAACAUCUUGUUCGGCAGCCCGUUGAACCAAAGCCGCUACAACGAGGUGCUGGAGGCCUGUGCCCUCAGGCCAGACUUGGAGAUGUUGCCAGCCGGAGACAACACAGAAAUUGGUGAGAAGGGUAUCAACCUGAGCGGCGGACAGAAACAGCGGGUUAGCUUGGCCCGCGCAGUGUACAGUGGCUCCAGUGUUUACUACCUUGACGACCCCUUAAGUGCUGUGGAUACUCACGUCGGAAAACAUAUCUUCAACAAAGUUAUUGGUCCGAAUGGCUUACUCAAAGGAAAGGUAAGGAGCUAUAAGCCCUUUCACAGAGUUCGCUACGCAUGUCGAGGACUGACAGGAAUUCUGGGUAAUAUGUCAAAGGUGAAGCAUGAAUGUAAAAAGUCCGCCAUUUUGCAGGAGUCAUUACGUUCCGGACAUUGUCACGCAAUUCUUAACCGGUAUGGUAUAGACGAGAAUGUUGGGCCUUCUGAAAUCAUUCUUCAUAAAGGUGAAGUAGAACUGCUGCCCGAAAGGAAGUGUGAUACAAAUGAAGAAAACACCAAGAAAGAUGGAGACACAAGGGAAGACGGCGACAGCUGUUCUGUGAAAGCGCCCGAGAAUUCAAGUCAUGGUCCGAAUAAAGAAGGUCGCCAAAACGGUCAGCCCAUGGCCCGUAAGGAGGAGACAUCGACAGGAAAGAAAGUCCAACUCCCUGAGAAGAAGGAUAAACUUAUAGAGAAAGAAAAGUCCAAGACUGGCAAGGUAAAGGCGUCCGUAUACAUGGCGUAUGUGAGGUCUGCUGGUAUAGUUUUACCCGUCCUCGGGGUACUGGGUCUGACUGCUCAACAGGCCGCUCUGGUCGGGUCCAACUUCUGGCUGAGUGACUGGAGUGAUGACGCUGUAGUCAAUGGUACCCAGAGCGCAGGGCAAAGGAACAUCAGGCUUGGGGUGUAUGGCGCUCUCGGAAUGGCACAAGGACUUUUGGCGACAGCAGGAGCCUUUUGCCUUAUAUUAGGGGGCAUCCGGUCCUCGAAAACGCUUCACAAAGACGCUCUGCUGCAUGUCCUACGGGGGAGCCUUCAGUACUUUGAUGUAACGCCACUGGGCCGUAUUGUGAACCGGUUUUCUCAAGAUUUGAACACCAUCGACAACAGCAUGCCGAGCAUUAUCGGGAUGCUGCUGAACUUCAUCCUCACGUUGAUGGCCACCAUGUUGGUCAUCAGCAUCUCAACUCCGAUCUUCCUGGCCGUACUUCUGCCUGUUGCUGUUUUAUACUUUUUCAUACGGCGAUUCUAUAUAGCGACAUCCCGUCAGCUGCAGCGACUGGAAGCCGUCAGCAGGUCUCCGAUUUACUCCCACUUUAACGAGACGCUGCAGGGCACCAGCGUCAUCCGAGCGUACGGGCGGACGGACCAGUUCGGCCGGGAGAAUCAAGACAAAGUGGACCACAGUCAGGCAGCAGCGUAUCCUGGUAUCGUCGCUACUAGGUGGCUUUCAAUGGGACUGGACGUUGUAAGCAACAUCAUCAUCUUCUUCGCCGCACUAUUUGCUGUGGUCGGCCGAGAAUCCCUCACCCCGGGACUGGUCGGGCUCUCCAUAUCAUAUGCACUGCAGGUUACUCUCUUCCUAGGCGGAGUGGUGCGUGUAUCCAGUCAACUGGAGGCUAGUAUAGUGGCCGUGGAAAGGCUGAAGGAAUACGAAGAAACAAAUGAAGAGGCUGAUUGGACGUCGGACGGCAAGAGACCACCGGACAGUUGGCCUAGUGAAGGAAGAAUCCGCUUCAACUCGUACCAGACCCGGUAUCGUGAGGGACUGGACCUGGUUCUGAGGGACAUCACAGUAGACAUCGGGAGCGGAGAAAAGAUAGGCAUCGUUGGUAGGACAGGAUCAGGAAAGUCCUCCCUGGCCUUGGCCUUAUUCCGUAUCAUCGAAUCGGCGGGUGGAGACAUCGUCAUUGACGGGAUCAACAUCUCUAAUAUCGGACUGCACGACCUGCGGUCCCGAAUCAGCAUCAUUCCACAGGACCCUGUGCUGUUCUCGGGCACACUACGCAUGAACCUUGACCCCUUCGAACAGCAUGCUGAUGUGGACAUCUGGCUGGCUCUGCAGCUGUCUCACCUCAAGAACUUCGUCGUGAACUUGGAGAAAAAGCUGGAGCACGACGUGACGGAAGGAGGACAAAACCUCAGUGUUGGUCAGAGACAGCUGGUGUGCCUGGCACGUGCCUUACUGAGGAAGUCCAAGAUCCUGGUUCUGGACGAGGCCACAGCUGCCGUGGAUCUGGAGACAGACGACCUGAUCCAGUCCACCAUCCGGACACAGUUCGCUGACUGCACCGUGCUGACCAUCGCACACAGGCUCAACACUAUCAUGGACAGUACAAGGGUUCUGGUGCUUGAUGCUGGCCAGAUAGAAGAGUUCGACACUCCUGAAAAUCUCAUCUCUGCCAAAGGAAUGUUCUACGGUAUGGUCAAAGAUGCCGGGUUGGUCUGACGGAAGUAGUUCUAUUGAAACAUAUGUCCAAGUAUCUUGGUCGAUAAGAUCGUCAGAAGCCGGCUGAGACAACGGUUUACCGGUUUCAACCUUUUAUUCAAAGUCUUCAUCAAAAUUGGAAAUAUGUCCAAGUAUCUCGUAAUGGCGUACGUAGUUCACUGUUUGGUCAGGUUUGAAGGAAUGGCAAUCCAACGAUUGCUUGAAUCAUACGUUUCUGUGACUAAGUCUUACAAACCAGGAUGAGUACAUGUGUGGUUAUCUAAGAUGUUCAUAUUGAUAUGGUAUCAGUAUUUCUGACCGCUUUCGAAAAUAAUGUCAGAUUGCAUGCUCUGUUAGUCCAAUUAUUGAUAGACUUAGUGACAGAUUCAUCAGUUGAAACAUGUCAACAGUUUGUAGAUUGCAAUGUUCAAGUGACAUCGUCUGUUCAUGUACUGAUUGAUAAUUUUGUAAUCCUAUAAGUUACGUUACAUAUAGUACAAAGAGCACAUUAUUACUUAACUACGACAAUGACUAGGAAAUGACAUAAGUUAAACGUUUCUUAUAUAUUGUUACUUGUGUGCUAUUGAGCGGUUCUGAAUUGAUUUCAUGUAUAUCGUAAAAUGAUCAGUAGCUUUACAUCUGUGGUUAACAACUGUGUAAUUUAGUUUAUGUCAGAUUAUGGUUGUAUCUGAUGUUAUCAAACAAUUGAGCAAAUGAUUUGAAUAGAAUAUGACAUCUUGGUGGCUAGACUAGCGAUUAGCUAAUUGUACCAGUACCAGAAAUAGUACCAGUAAUAAUGAAUGAAUGUAAUAUGUGGACAGUUUUAUCACAUCCUUGCACUAAUGUUAAAACAUUGAUGCUAACAAAUGAAACAGCUAAAGUACAAAAUGUAGCUUUUAUUUCAUCAUCCAUCAAUAAGCUUAUUAUUUACAUCACUUUACUAUAGUACCAAAAGUAAUACAUGAUAUGGGUUCCUUCCAUAUUUGCAAAAAUCACAAAAAUUCAAUCAAUAUUAGACUCAUUUAGCUCAAUGACAUGCUUCUCUAUAUCAGCAACACAUGCAGUAUAGUUUAUCCAGUGCACAGCAUCACAGCAUUAAAUCUUACCAGAAUGUUAGCACAUUAUAUCUAUAUUAUUACUAUACAGGAUAAUGAAAAAGCAUCACCAAUGGAAUUUAUAGCUAACAGCAUAAUUCAGCCUGAAACAUCAUGAUUAUGACCCCUCCAAAGAUUAAAAUGGAUGUCCAAGGUCUCAACAUCACAUUUUUUGUCAACCUGAUCACUGUUAUAGGGAAAGCUGAUCUUGGAACACCACAGGCACAUGUGCCCAUAUCAUUCACGAGUUAACAUACAUUUGUCAGAGCAAUGUCUCAUAAGCUUAUCAACUGUAUGCAAUAAUUCUGACUUGUUUAAAAUUACAGAUAUAUGGUCCUCAUCUUACACAAUGGAAUGGAACGUAAAACAUUGGUCAAAUCAGUACCUCAAAAGAAGGCAUGCUACUUUCAUAUCAAUAGUCUUCAUAUAUCCACUACAGCUUUGUUGAAAUAUAUCUUUAGAUGUACAUAGAGUUCUUUAUCACUAUUUACAACAUCAUCCUAUUGCUGGUACACCUUGGCUAGUAUCAGUAAGGUACACAGCACCAGGAUCAAGUCAAACUAAGUUUCUUUGUGAUAAAAUCAGCCAGCUGAAAGUCUAAAACGAGUUAAAAUCUUUACAGCAUAGAAAGAGGGCUUAUCAGCCCUAUGUUAAGCCUAUUAUCAUCAACAUUUUGCAUGUGCUAGAGGUAUCUACAACUUCAUUAGACAUAGCAUGUAUAUACUCUAACACUUAUUCACGUGCAAGUACUUAAUCAUGCAUAAACUCACAAAAUUAGUACUCAGGCUAACUCCAUUAUUCACCUAUCCCUUAAAUCUUCCAAACUCAAUGUAUUCUAAACAAAUACAGAAGUUGUCUUUCAGCAUAAAAUCCCUAUCUUUAUCCCUGGUAUAUACAAAA